AUGACUAGCUGGUUUAUGAGACAACUUUGGUUUGAACCUGAGUUUGAGUGGGAGUUCAUUCCAUCUCAAGGUGAUGUUAAUGCUGAAUUGAUUGAUUUACCUCUAAAUGACAGUGCUUACACUUGGAGUAAUAAGCAUGAUGUAACAUUACUUUGCAGGCUGGUCAUAUUCAUGUUAGAAGAAAGAGCUAACAUGCUGGUUAAUCUUAACAAUGUUAAGGUGACUAGGGAAAGGAUGGCAUAUCAGAGGGCAAAAGAGGUGAUAAAGAAGGAGAUCCAACAGUAUUACACAACUCUUUUCACGGCGAAGGAUCCAGUUUCUCCUACUUUUGAUAAUAUAAAUUUUAAAAGUAUUGAUUCAACUCAGCAGGAAUGGCUGGAACGACCUUUCGAAGAGGAUGAAGUGUUGGAUGCUAUAAAGAAAUGUGGUGCUAACAAAGCACCAGGUCCAUAUGGUUAUAUUUUGGAUUUCUUUAAAGCAUGUUGGGGUUUUCUGAAGGUGGAUGUUAUGGCAGCUGUUAACGAAUUUUAUUGCAAGGAAAAGCUAGAUUGGAGACUGAAUAUGGCAUUCAUGAAACUAAUCCCUAAGAAAGAACACUCGGGAACUGUUAAAGACUUCAGACCUCUUUGUCUAAUCAAUAAUUUUUAUAAGAUAAUCUCCAAAUUACUUGUAGAGAGGAUCAAGACUAUUAUGCCUAGACUGAUAUCAAAUGCUCAAGUGAAUGGUUUAUCUACAAACAUAAUAAGACCAUCUAAAGGAAUAAAGCAAGGAAAUUCGUUGUCACCAUUCCUGUUCCUUCUGGUGGCUGAAGUACUUUCUAUGUUACUAAAUGAAGUGGUGGCAGAAAACAGGAUUGGUGGCUUUCAGGUAGCGGAAGGAGGAAUAAUGGUACCUCAUCUACAGUUUGCAGAUGAUACAAUUAUCAUGAUUAAUGCUACAAAGUUGGAGGUUAGGAGACUGUUGAUUAUUUUGUUAUUGUUUAAGGUGUUGACUGGAUUAAAGUGA